AUGAAGAACGUAAACUCGGAGCAAACUGAAUCUGAUGGGUUCACUUCUUGGAUUCGAAGUCAUUUGUUGAGCAUUACACUUAUUGUCAUCGGAUGCAUCUUAUUGGCCAUCGCCAUCACAUUGAUUCCAUCGUUGAUUGCAUUGUAUCUUCCUGACCACUCUGUUGCAGUGAUCAAAUCUAAUCAGGACUAUACUGAUCCAUGGGCACUACAGUAUCGAACAAGCUUGGCUAGUGCGCAUCAGAUUUCAACUCGUGCUAUUCCUUCACCAUUCGACAAAUCAAUGUUGGGAAGAGCAUUUGACGCUUUGACAAAGCUACCUUCGGGCACAAUAUCAAUCCAACUAGUUACCAUAUCUUUUUUAACUAAACGCUCAGCCGAUCGUGUUCGUCGUCAAGACACAACAGCAUCAGCAUCUUCAGAUGCUUAUAUCAAUGUGGUUUUACAAGCUAAAUAUCCACGUCAUUGUUCUCAUGUUCUGUCAUGUCAAAUGUUAUUUAGAAAACAGGCUUUGUCUGCAUUUUCGAAUUCGAAAAACUUUAUUUUACCUUUUCCAUUACUGAAUGGGCGCACUGUUGAUGUUUCCGUUGAACUCGUGAGCUUGACAGAGAAUUAUGUGUUGCCAGCAGCUGAUCUACUACCACCAGCACCAGCACCAGCACUAGCAGCACCAGCACCAGCACCAGCACCAGUACUAGCAGCACCAGCACCAGCACUAGCAGCACCAGCACCAGCACCAGCACCAGUACUAGCAGCACCAGCACCAGCACCAGCACUAGCACCAGCACCAGCACCAGCACCAGUACUAGCAGCACCAGCACCAGCACCAGCACCAGCACUAGCAGCACCAGCACCAGCACUAGCAGUACCAGCACUAGCAGCACCAGUACUAGUACAACUACCACUGGUGAGUCACGCAUAUAAUUUACAAUGUAUGACCGGAUGGAUUCUGUAUGCACAUAAUGCAACUGUUAACGAUCCUCCAUGUCCCAUACUUGGAAGCGGUAAUAGUGCUAGUCUCGCGACUUGUCAAGCGGCAUGUGAAGCACAACCCGCUUGCAAUGGAAUGAAUUAUAGUCCAACGGCACCAGGUUGCUAUCUUCGCCAAUGUCCUAAUUAUUCGCCAGCAACAAACAUUGAUUCACAAUAUAAUGUGUGGUUAAAACUACCUCCAGCCUCAAAUCAAUGGACUCUUUAUGCUUAUAAUAAAACUCUACCUGAUUCAUCAUGUCCCAAUGUCGGAAGCGGUAAUGGUUCUAGUAUAGUGGCCUGUCAAACAUCAUGCGACGCACAAUCCACAUGUAAUGGGAUCAAUUUUAGCCCGUCGUAUUGUUAUUUUCGUCAAUGUAAUAGUUCUUCACCAAUAGCUAACGUUUAUUCAGGAUUUAGUGUGUGGCUAAAAAUAUAA